UCUUCAAUCCCCUCCACUCUUUUCCAUAUUUGCAAAAACAAAAAAGAGAGCUUAAAACAAAACAACAUUGGCCAGACUCUCAAGCAUAGUUGCCCUCUUGGCAGUUGCGCUUCUGGUUGCUAAUGCUGGUUGCUAAUGCCUACACCUACCGCACCACAAUCACCCCCGUGGAGGAGGACGAAGACAACCAAGGACGGCAAGAGAGGUGCCGCCACAUCAGGCCCCGCGAGCAGCUCCGCAACUGCGAGAACUUCCUGAGGCAGCAGGGCGGCGACAGAAGAGAAAUUUUGGAGAACCAAUGGGGGAGAGAGCAAGGCUUGGAAGAGUGUUGCCGACAGUUGAGGAAUGUGGAGGAGCACUGCAGGUGCGAUGCUUUGGAGGAGGUUGCUCGUGAGGCACAGAGGGAGCAAUAUGGCCAACGAAGCUAGAUUCUACAGCAGGCAAGGAUUUUGCCAUCCAUGUGCCAACUUCAUCCACAGAGAUGCGACUUCUAACUGCCCUCUGCUUUUUCUAGCAAACAGCACAGUCGUAUCUACUAUGCUUUUUGUCUUAUGUUUUAAUAAAUAAAGUCCUACGUAGUUUUGGUGUUGAGAAAUGCGAGUGCCUUCAAAAUUAAUAUAUCAAAAA